GGCGAGCAAGUCGGGAGAGAUUUGUUUAGUGAUGGGCUUCGCAGUCGAACGAGAAGGGCGAAGCUGUGAAAACAGUUUUCCCCCAUCAAUCAUACGAUGCAACUGAUCAUGGCCGCUGCAGACGAGAUGGAACGAAAGUUCACGACGAACUUCCUGGAAGGAGAAGACUAUCCUAAGGAAGGGGAUUCGUCCGACCUCGCAAGGGCAAGAGCUGAGUUGGCCGCGUUGCAGAACAAGUUCGAGAAUACGGGAUUUGUGUCUAGCCCGGUCACCUAUGUGGAACAGAUAGCCCCUAAACGACCUGCCCCGAGUGUAAUCACGAAUGUACCUGUUCCUGUGAUGUCGACAACGCAACCGCAACCCACCGCACAGCGCGGUUAUCUGAACCCGCACGAGAUAGUCGAUCUCGCCUUCUUUCAAGAUCGGACGGCCUCCGAGAACGAAGAGGUAGAGAUUGAAGCGGAAGAGGAAAGCUCGGAAGAAGAAGAAGAAGAUGAAGAAGAGGCCGACGAGGAAGAAACUCCCGAAGAGGGGAGUUACAGUGAGCACAGCGAAGGGGAGCAAAGUGAGGAGGAGGAGGAGGAGGAAGAAGAACAAGAGGAGGAGGAGGAAGAAGAACAAGAGGAGGAGGAGGAAGAAGAACAAGAGGAGGAGGAGGAAGAUGAAGAAGACCAGGGAAGCUGGAAGAGUCGGAGUGGGAAGGAUUUGAGGAGGAAGUGCGUGACGAGGCUCGGGCGAAGGCCCAGGCGCAGAAGAGGGAAGAGAUCGCGACCGGGAAACGACAGUUGGAAUUCGCCAGCGCAGCAGUGGGAUGAAGUGGUUGAGAUGGUCCGUGAACUACCUUCGGUGUCAAAUCGGAAGUGGUCUCUGGAACAAAUGAAAGCAAUCACUAGUGCAAGAGAAGGAAAUGUUGCGGCAACUAAGGGAGAAAAUUUGAAGGCCGAAGAGAUCCUUGGUCUUCUCGUUAAGCUUGGUAGCUUCGAAAAGUUAACCCUUCUUGCCCCAGCAACUCAAGCACUUGUUGGAGCCGAAGAAGCUCAUGAGUUGGAAGAGAGUUUAAGGAUGGCUGAACGAAGGCUGGAAGAGAUAGAGGAUGAGCCGGAUGACCAGGAGCAAGAUAAGGAUUUUGAGGAGAGAUUUAAGAAGGAUGAGUAUGAUGGGGAAUAUAAGAGGAUCGGUAUGGUAAUGAGCAGUAAUCAGUUGGACGAAUUUUACCAUGAGAGAACAAAGAGAACCUUUAGGCUGGGUAGGGGUCACCUUUUUGUGGAUGCUAAGGAAGGACUACUGCCACUGAGAGUAGUGUGUGGUAAGGAAAGACAACUAGAGGUGAUCGUAGCACUUCAUGAGGGUUUAGCAGGGGGUCAUAGAGGUGCUGAUGCUACAUACUAUAAAGUAUCUCGACUAUAUCACUUGGAUGGUCUAAGGGAUAUGGUUAUGAGAUAUUGUAAGUCAUGUGAAGCCUGUCAGAAAAGGUGAUCUAUGAGAUUUAUUGAAACCUUAUACCCCACUGUUCUUGUUGAACCUGACAGUACUGUUCACCUUGAUCUAAUUGCUAUGCCACUAGAUAAGGAUGGAAUGAAAUAUGUACUAAAGA